AUGACUCUGACGCAAGAAAGGGAAGGUGAAAAGUAUAAUGUUGGUAGUUUUAGAGUUUCUACUACAAGCCAAAAACCACUUGUUCAUAGGCAUAAUGAUGACCUUUCUACAUUCAGCAAAGUUUUGGUAUUGUAUACAAGAGACAGAGAAACUGGGGACUUGUAUUGCAUAGAACAAAAUUAUAAAUUUUUGAAAACCUCACAAUGGAAAAACUUUUUCAACAUAUAUAAAAGCUUACCUACUACGCAUUCUACCAUUACAGAUACUGUUACUGAAUAUAUCGUCCCAGAGGUAAUUGUUCAAAAAUUUAACCAAAAUUUACAACUGGAUAUCAAAAUUUCAGAGUAUAUAAAACCAAAUGAAAAACAAAUUAGAGGUUGUAUAACAACAGUGGAAAAUGAAAGUAAGUUCAAUGAUUGGUUCAUUUUUCACAUACUAGAUCAAUCUAGAUUAAGUAAGGAUUAUACACCUCUUUAUAAAACCAGUGUAAAGUAUGAUGAAUUGUUUACGGACUAUUUUGCAAAUAGUUUGAAAAAUACCAUCGUUGGUGAUAAAUGGAAUGAAGGAGGUAGAGACCAUUUUAUCAGUAAGGUUCGUUAUUUCACAGAUCGAUAUAUAAGAAUUGAAUGUGUUUUACCUGCAUUUCCAUGCAAAUCAUCUAACGUUGAAAAAGUUGGUGGUGAUGUUCCUGAUAAAGGCGAAGAAUUUGCUUUAAAAAGAUUAAUACAAGCAACUCAAGAGGUUCAAAAAUUUUACCCCCCUGGAAUGAAAGUUUGGAUCAUCAGUGACGGCCACGUCUUUUCUGAUUGUAUUGGUGUUGAUGAUGAUAUUGUCAAUAGCUAUACUUGCAAGCUACACCAAUUGUAUGAAAGACUAGCAAUUCCUGGACAUGAUGCUAUUGGGUUCUGUGGUCUAAAUACGCUAUUUUUUGAUGGUAUCACUGCACCUAAGUUCGAUCCAAAAUGGGUAUCCGAAGUUAAGGUUGAGCAUUAUACAGGAUCGAAAAUUUGUGCACUCUCUGACUUAUCUAGACAAGUGCUUCUAAGGGGUUGCGAUACUGAUGCGGGACAACUUAAAAAAGAAAUCGCUAUUGAUGGUCACCCCAGAUUGUAUUUAUAUAGGGGAUUUUCUAAAUUUAUGUCAGAGGAUUUACGCUUGUUGCCUUACUUUAAAGAUAUGUCAAGAAAAAAAUUCAAGAAGACAGUUUCAAAGAUUGCCUUUAACAUGAUAAAGAGAAAUGACGCAUAUUCAAACCUUGUUGAAUUAGCAUUCCCACAUCAUUUGAGACUUUCAAUUCAUGCUCAUACUAAUGGUGGACCAAAAUUUGGUAUUAAAGUAAUAUCUCCCGAACAAUGUCGUAUUGUUAAGUCAUUAAAUGAUUCAUCUGAACCAAAGUCUGAAGACUUAUUACAUAUUCCUACCCCUUGGCAUAAUUGUGUCGUUAAAUUAACCGAUCAAGAUGACUCCUAUUAUUUGACAAAAGCAUCUGUCGUAAAAGAUGCCUUAGAAAAAGGCGUAUAUGAAGGCACAUGGUAUGAAACAUGUUUAGAGAAGGGAGAAGGAGGACAUUAUAUUUUAAAUAAGGUUAAAAAACAAUGUGAGCAUUUAAAUUAA